AUGAUGAUGAGGAAAAAAUCGGCAAAAAAUGUUUACGCUGGAGGUGGGAGUCGCGUCCGCGGCCAUCGCUACGUCAUAAGAGAGUAGAGCCAAAGCCAAAUAUAAAUCCGACUCCCAGCCUCAGCAGUGCUUCUUUGCCAGUGGGUCGAAACGCGUCUCUUGCCACCUCGGCCAAAUCUUCAUUAACAGGCUCUCUAAUUAAAAUGAUUAAAGUGGACGAGAGCGACCCGGUCGGGGAGGUAGACCCAAGUUUUACGUUCAGAGACGUGCAAAUCAGAAGAGGAGAAGAUGUCAAGAAAUACUACGAUCUGGAAGGCGAAAUCGGAAGGGGUAAAUUUGGUAUUGUAUACAAAUGCCGAGACAAAGAAACGAAGCUCGUUCUGGCUGCAAAAUUUGUUAGCAUUGCUAAAAGACAAGAUAGAAAAAAUGUAGAGAGGGAAGUUGAAAUAAUGAGGGCACUGAGACACCCUAGACUGAUUCAACUGUACGACGCCUUUGAAAAUGACAGCACAAUGUGUGUGGUGCUUGAGAUGAUAGACGGUGGAGAAUUAUUUGAACGUGUCAUAGAUGAUGAUUUCAUAUUGACUGAAAAAGCUUGCACCGUUUUCAUGAGACAAAUAUGUGAAGGAGUUUCUUUUAUUCACAUUAACAAUAUAAUCCAUUUGGAUCUAAAACCAGAAAAUAUUCUCUGCCUUACAAAAACUGGAAAUAGGAUUAAGAUUAUUGACUUUGGCCUUGCCAGAAAGUUUGAACCUGAUAAAAAAUUACAAGUACUUUUUGGUACUCCUGAAUUCGUAGCACCAGAAGUCGUAAAUUUUGACCAAAUUUCGUGUGCCACUGACAUGUGGUCUGUUGGCGUUAUUUGCUAUGUUUUGUUGUCAGGACUAUCGCCUUUCAUGGGAGAAAAUGACAUUGAAACAAUGUCAAAUGUAACUUUAGGAAAAUACGACUACGAUGAUGAGGCUUUUGAUGAUAUCUCCGUUCAAGCGAAGGAUUUCAUCAGCAAACUGCUUGUUCAAAACAAAGAAAAGCGGUUGACUGCUGAGGGAGCAUUGAAUCACCCAUGGCUUUAUAGAAAGAUUCCUCCGCCUCCACCUUCUCUAAACACAUCAAAAGAAAAUCUUAAGAAUUACUUAGAUGCGACAACAGCACCAGAAACCAUCUCUAGCAAUAAAUUGACAAAUCGUAAAUCAAUGCUCAAUGCUAUCCAAAUUUUGGCAGACAGUGAAAAGCAGUUUGCAGCAGAAAAGAAGCACAAUGGUUUUCCUGUUGCCGCGAACGGACUGCCUGUUUUGGACAACCCUACAAUUAAACCUGUUAAACCUGAGCCAAUCAGAGCUGACAAUCCUUUCAAACCAGUUGAAAUGCUGAUAAAUGAAAAUAAACCUUUGAAUGCAAUUGAAAUUCUAGUGCAAAAAAUGCCUGAUCCAUCAGAAGAGCAGCCAAUCAGUACGCUUUCACCCAUCAAUGGGUCGAUUAAUGCAGCAAAUCAAAAAGAAAAUAAACCGCCGAAUGCAAAUAAUGUUGAAGUGCAAGUGACAAGCAGGAUUACUCCUAGCCCCGAAACCACGGGCUUAGAGGCGGCUAAUUCAAAAGGAGAUGUGCCAACUAUCAAAAGGGAAUCGCCUCUACCUGAUACUCUAGCAUCUUUGGUUCCAAUUAACUCUGAUAUUCCAGUUGUAUGUGAGACAGCAUCAUUAAUUCCAGUUAUUUCUGCUCUUAAUACAUUACCUGAUAACAAAAAGCUAGAAAUAAAGCCAAUUUUACAAAACAAAGAUGAAAAUCGUAUUGUUAGUUCAAUAGAAAAAACCUUGCCAACAACAGAAUUAUCAGAGAAAUUGGUAUUGACUAAGGACAACCUUCCAGUAGGAAAAGAAGAAGAGAAAGAGCAAAAUUCAGUUAAAAUCAUUUCAUUUCCAGUCCACAGAAAUGAAAAACAAUUUAAACUUUCUUCUCAACCAAGUAUUUGUGACUCUUCUAAAGAGGGUAAACGCAAAAUUACCCCGCAAACUGAGACCUUCACGGCAAGCACUCCUCAAAAUAAGACACCACCUUUGAAAACAGGGACAAUAAAUAAAGCAGAUUCGCUUGAGAAUAAAGAAACCAUCAAACCGACUGCUAAGGAAAGUAUAAUUAAGCCAGAAGUUCGACAAAAUAUGGAAACAAUACUUCCAAAGUUAAAUGAAACAUUGGCUAAUAUGAUUGAAAUGCCACCCCCCAUUGUCCAUGAAAAGCCAAAUGAUCUAUUUUUAGCAAUGAUUCCGGGUUCAUCUGUGGUCAAUUCAGAACAGAAAAAAAAUCUUGUAAGUGAGAAAAUUGUCCAGGAAACAAUGCCGAGAAUACCUUGUGCUACCAUACCAACGCCACUGAGCUUAUUGGAAAAGACGUGCAGUCCGAUUCCUACUCCUCUAAGCUUGUUGAACCAAGUUAAAAUUAAUAAUGUGAUCCCUAUUAAAAAACCAGCCACUUUUGUACUAGAUAACAGCAACUUAGACACAACACACAGUACUGAACCACCUCUAAAAAAUAACAGUCCAGCAGAAAUCAUACCAAAUUCUCCUGUUUUUAAUCUUGCCAAAAAAGUGAGCAUUUUCGAAAAGGAAGAAAAAAGAAGCACUAAGGAAAAACAAAGCGAUACUGGAUCAAAUAUAACUUUACAGCCACUACCUCCUGAAAGGGGUGGUUUAGGCGCAUUAAAUCAAAAUCCACACCCUAAAAUACUAGGAAUAACCUUGGGCCAGACUUCUUUUGAUGAAAGUAUAUCACAAACAAAAACAAGCUUGAUCGCUAAGAAAUUUAAAUUUUUUGAAGAAAGCUCUGAGAGCAACAAACAGAAAAUCACAAUCAAGAAAGAAUCUACGUCAAAAUUUGAGUCAUUUUCAUCUAAGGAGCAGGAAAGGGAAACAAUGCCUUUUAAACAACAUUUGAAAUCAAUCCCGCCUUGGUUUAGUGAAUCUAAUAGUACGGAGAGCUCGAAAUCAGAUCCUAUGGUCAGCAGAUUCGAUAGGAGGUCAUCUGAUUUUUCAUGUCUGUUACACGAUCAAGAUGAAGAGACCAAUUCAAUAUGGUCCAAUCAUAUUAACCAACUUUCAGCAAGACUGCUGGAAAUAUCUAGUCAAGCAAACAAACAGGAUGAAAAGACCACAGAUAGUUCUAUAGAAGAUGGGUUCAUGUCACCGCCAGGUCAGCAUCCCAUUAGUUGGUUUUUAUCUCAAAACAAAAAUAGCAACACUACAAGAAGGCCUAAACAUAAAUUCUCUAAGAUGAACAGAGACGUCCCAAUUGGUUCACCUCCACAAGAAGGAGGCAGAGAAUUUUACUUGAACUGUCCGUUAUUUGUCGUCCCGGGUGCAGACACACAAUCCGCACCACAAAGCCCGCGCCAAUCUCCCGAAAGAAAAACAGAAGCACAAUGUUGGCAAAACUCUUGCCAGGGAACUGUAUUAAAAAUGGUCACAACAGAAGAAAAAGAAAAACACUUCUCAUCUAAAUCAACCACAAAUACUCUUUCGUUCAAAACCGACUCUAAAAGUUAAAACACACGUGUAAGUUUUUAACCUGACAGUAUUGAAAAA